AUGAACUUUGGUUGUAAAAAACAACAGAUUUCGGUGCAAGACGAACCCGCUACAAAAGAUUGUCAAUUAAGAACUGGCAACUUCGUGAUUGACGGUACGUCAAUCGUCGUGACUCUCGCUGCAAUCGUCGUGACUCUCGCUGCUCCACGAGAUGAACCCGUUGAAAGAGGACCAGCUGGACCACCCGGGUACUACAACGAUUUUGGAUAUUCAUACGGCUAUGGUAGAGGUGGUGCUGGGUAUGGAGGAUCACCAGGAGGAUCCGCCCCUUAUUACGCGAGGGACAUGUACAGCUCACCUCGCGGAGGGUACGGUCGGCCCUCAUACGAUGCAUGGGGUUUUUCGCCGCCAGUUCAGUCAAGGCUACACCUCGCUCCGCCACGUUGGUGCUGGAGCGCCCGACCCAUUAUCUAUCCGCCGGCCACGUGUUUAUUAACUUGA